AUGGGCUGGCUCAUCUGUCUGUGCUUAGUCUUCUCGUUUGGCUGCCAGCAGCUUCAGGAGCACGAUCCAGAACAGUCGCGCAAAUUGGGGCUGAAGUAUCUCGGCUUCGUCAAGUCGUGCUUCCGAUACCUUCUCAUGACAACUUCGAUCGUCAAUGUCCAGGCGUUGGUACUUCUCAACAUCCACCACCAUGCUGUUGGCCAAAAGAGCAGCUCUUGGCUGUUGAUCGGACUGGCUGCACGGAUGGCAACCACAAUGGGCAUGCAUCGAGAUGUUACCAAUAUGGAGUUCGACCCAAUAGAGCGAAAUAUCAGGAGACAGGUGUGGUGGUCGAUUUACAGUUUCGAGCGGAUAGUGUGCAGUAUACUAGGGCGGCCGUCAGUCAUCGAUGACCGGGAGACAUCGACGCAAAUACCUGAUGCGCCAUUGCUCGAGCAGAGGGGCGCGUCCGCCGAAAUGAAGGCCCACGCCUACCAACUCGUACGAAUGUCAUACAAAAUCCGGCAGCGGGCAUAUUUCGACUCGGAAAAUGCUGAGGAGAGGAGUCCUUCCUUGGCUAUGGCCGAAUCCUUGCUGCGGGAGUGCAACGCUUUCAUCCAAGCUAUCCCACCGAACUUUUCGUUGAACAACUUAUCAACGAUUCAACCGGAACCGAGGACAAGAGUCCUCCUAAUGAACGUAUACUACUACUACACGCGGUGCAUAGUAUCGCGAGACUUCUUGGUGCAGAAGGUCGAAAGAAACAUCGCAUUUCUCGAAGGCAAGCCGGUGCCAUACUCUGAGGAGCUACAAAGAACACUCAUACUGAGUGAAGACUGCGUUGAUUCAGCUCAUCAAAGCUUACAAUACAUAAUGGAUAGCGCAGAUAUAGGAGUGAUUGGCUACUCAUGCCUUGAUCUAUUCUUCGUCUACCACUCGAUUCUUAUAGUGUGCGCCGACUUCCUUGCGCGUCCGCGGACGCAACAUGAUGUUGCUAAGGAUGUUGAGCGCAAGGAAACGGUGCGUGCCGUACUAGACCGCACUCGCGAAAAGAAGUUGGCUGCCACGUACAAAAUCCUGAGCACGAUCGCGCUACAAUUUGCGGCCAUAACCGGCGUGACCGAGGAUCAAGGACCAGCAUCGAUGAGUACUGGACAGGAAGGAGAAUUCGGGUUCGACGAACAACAAGCAGACCUUAGACACGACGAAACAUCGCAAAUUCUGGUGGAUAUGUCAGAUGUUCAGGAAGACUGGUUCAUGAAUGCAUCGACCAACCUCGGCUUGGAUUUCUUUGACCUGCACGAGGGCCAAGCUACGCUACCGUUGCACACAGACGCUUCAACCUACCCCGAGCUGUACGACACACAGCCCAUCCCCAGCGAAGUCGAUGAUUGGACAUCACGAUCAUUGAAAGGGAUGCAAACGCUCUGA